CUCUUGAUAAAUAAAGUAAGGAGACAAAUGUUUCUGCUUUGCAACACGAUCGAAUCGACCGUUAUAAAAUGCAUAGCAGUAUCAAUGGUGACUGAAACUUUUAUGAAUCACUCUGACCUACCGUGACAGUCUUUGUGUGCCAGCAAAGCAUAAAGCGCAAGUAAGUGCACUUGUCUACUAGAUAUGCGCUUCCAUUUCUGCGGCAAAUAAAUGCGUCGACUUGAUGACUGACUGAUGAGGGAGCGAGAAUGCCUUAGGGAUGUUUCAUAUACUGGCGGUGUGUUCGCAGAUGGGAGGGGGGAUGGGGCAGCGCAAGGGUUUUAAAGUCACCGAUGCGGAGCGCAAGGUGCGCGUCGGCAUCGCCGUCGAGCAUCUUGCUGAUCUCAAGAAGAAAACCAUCAUCAAAUUCAAACUGCCUGAAGGUGAAGACAUCUUUUUUCAAACGCGCGACGGCAUCCCCAUACGCGCCGAAGAUGAAUUCCUAGGUUUACCAGCGCAGACACUGCUCAUCUGGGUGCGUAAAGGCGAACGCGCUGAAACCGACGCCGAGAUCCUCUACCGCACCAUCCGCGAGGUCAACUUCGACUUUCUCACCACCGGCGAGAAGGUCGCUGAAUUCUUCACCGAGCAGAUGAAGAGCAAUGUCUACAGUCUCGCCAAAGUGCUCAAAGAAAUGGACGACGACAAGGCGAAGGCAAGCACCAAGGAAGGCGACCCCGACUGGUUUCAAGGUGUAGAGAGCCGUGCAAAAACCAAAGAGGAAUAUAUGUUUAGGCGAUCCCAAGACCGAAUAAAGAAGUACUUCUACGCGACCAAAGACGACUUGCUCAAGAAUCGCGACCUGCCCGCGGAGCGCGUCCAUGAACUCUGCGCGACGCUGAGCGCGGCGCUCAAGGACGCGCGCUACUUCGGCGCGUACUUCGAUCGGCGCGACGCAGCCGCCAUGUGUACGCCGCACGGCGACUUUCAAUGCCAAGGUCGCUGGGACGCGCCCGCCUGCCGCUAUCGCCUAGCGCACGUCAUCAACCCCUAUCGCAGCUACGAGGAGCGCAUCGUCUUCCAGACGUGGAAUCUGGACCAUCGGAUAGAGCGCUCGCGAUGCAUCAUCCCGGCAAUCGCGCACGCCCUCGACGCGGACGCGCGCCUGGACUGCGAGCGCAUCUUCGAAGACCUCUUCACCGACCACAACUUGAAACUGGUGCACAUCGUAUGCCACGAUAAGACCGCGCACACACCGCCCGACUUCAAUCGCUACAUUAAACUUAAGUCCUAAUUAAUAUAAGCGUAUUACAGGUAAGCACUAGUGUUAAGAAUUACUUCUAAGACAAUGAAGAGAACCCAUUGGUAGAAACUUAUAUGAUAAGCGCGACUACAACUACGUACUUACAUAUAUAUAACACAAAAACUAAACGUAAAACUACCGUAAGUGAUGUAAAAUUAUUUCAACAAAGUACAGGGUUUGCUAUAAGGGCUUAUUUUUACACAGAUCAAUAAGAAUUAUAUACAUUCAGGGUAAGCAGCGUAACUGUAUCAGUAAGCAGGACGUCAUGCAUGAAAUUCCACUCAAUUUUCACCCAAAAACACGACAUUCACUAAAAUAUUCCCGCGUUCAUAUUAUUUAUGGUUUGUCGUCAAUAUAAAACAUGCAUGACUUUUUUAUUUGAUGACAAACUACCCGCAGGAACGUAGAUUAUUGACGUGCACGUAAAGUGCAUGUUGCAUAUUUUAUUUCAUCCCCGACUGCCAGGUAUUCGCGUCAUCACCAGAACUCAAUCAAUUGAUGGACGCAGCAAUACAGGAUAGUCGGUGAUAACUAAAAUCAAAUACAACCCUCUAGCACCAAAUUGAUGACACCUAGUGACCCUGUAUGGAUUUAGGCUUGUGCGUUUUUCUUUUCGAUUGAUUCAGACAGUUAUUCACACAUCCUCGAAUCGACUUGCACGUCAGAUAAAGGAUAACAAAAAGCUUGUCAAUAACAUUGUGAUGAAACAAGUAGUUACGUAGCGAAAACAAGAGUUGUAGACGGAUAGGAAGUUCUGAUUAUUCGAUGAUAUAAAAAAAAAAUGCUGUUCAACAAUAAUGACGCUUACAAAACGAACGUAAUCAAACUAUGUAUCUACUCACAAGUAAUCAAACAAACAAUAAUUAAACGCUCGAUGUUGAAUUGAAAAUUGUACUCUAGCGCAGAGUUUACAUAUUUACUAGGGUAAUGCUGCGGUGAUGCUGAUGGUGGUGGGUUGGAAGCGAGAAGAGAACAUAAUCCGUGCCAAAAUAUUUACCUGCGAUCCAGCGUUUGUUGUCUAGGCAUAAGGUUUGAAACAUUUAACGAAGUUCUCCUCGAUGUUUACUGGGCCUCAUAUAUACCGGGCGGAUACACAUUUAUCAAUCGAUUUUCAAGCGUGUGUAGUGGAAAUUUUAUUGUACAAACCAAAAAGAAAUUAAAAAUGUUAAAUUGUUGAGCAUCAAAUGAUAAAUGUUAUCGCGCCGAAUACAUAUUGAAACUAAUGAACUGUUAAUUCUUUGACUGAAAUAUUUAACGCAUAUUAUAUUAUAUUAUACAAAAAAAAAAGAAAAUUGUAAACGAUACCGUAGGAAACUUGUAGAUAUAUGUAAUUGAAUAUAACGUAGAGCAACAUAUCGUAAGAUUUGCCGUGUUCAUCAACUUUUAGGAAUUCCGAUGGAGAGAAGUUUAUGCCGCAAAUAUGUGACACGAAGUGGUUGAUAAUAUUAUUAUUGUAUUGAACAAGUUCGCAUGUCAUAAAUGUAUGAUUCAUACACACGUUUUGAGCUUAACUAAAAGCCUCCGCAGAGGCUUUGUGCAAUCAUGUAAUAUCUAUUGUAAUAGAUGAUUCUUGAAAGUUAUUAUUGCUUUCGGUUACAAUAUUGUGUCACUUUGGUUUUCAUUUCUUGGCAUCAUCUUAAAUUAUUAACACAAUUACUGAGAUGCUGAUGAGAAUCAAGAACAAACAGAAAAUGAAUACUAAGAAUGAUAAAUAAAUAAACGAACAAUGAUAAUAA